CUGCUGCUCGGUCACACUGAACAACAUACCGCAUUGUUAUUGUUGGAACUACACGUGCAGAUAAAUUUUUAACUUUUAAAUUUAAAGAACCCUUGCUCGACAAUGGGCAGCACACGGUUCUUCUUGGCUGAUCUGCCAACGAGAACGUCGGAAGCGGAUCUGCGCAACCUGUUCCAGGACUAUGGACAUGUGGACCACAUUGACUUGAAGCGAAAAGAGCAGGAGGAUGCAGAAGCCAAGGUGAUAGCCUUCGUUACCAUCCAAACAGACGAUGCCCACUACUGUCUCAACGAGCUAAACUGGCAGAAACUUCAUGGAUCGAAGCUGCGAGUCUCCUUGGCUAAGGAGUCCUUCCUCGACCGUUUGAAGCGCGAGCGUGAGGAGAAUCAGCAGCGCGAACAAAGCCAGCAUGAGGCAUAUGAACAGCCUAGCAACUCCCAGCUUUUGGUGCAGAGCAGUCAAAAUAAACGCCGUGUUUUCGGCGAGGACGAGGAAAUCGGGGACGAUGAGGUAGCGCCAGAGCUGCUGAUGACCAAAAAGCGUGCCGCUCACACCCUACACAAUGGCAGAAUCGUCAUCCAGCAGGAGCCGGACGUAAAGCCUCUACACGUUAUCGAGCAGCACCGGAAACCGGCGAAGAAGCAGGCGGACACCAACGUCAGCCAAGCUGAGCAAAAGCGGAAGGAAUCGCUCUUGAAGAUGCGGCAAGAGCAUCUGCAGAAAAAGUCGGCAAUCCAGCAGGCUCUGGCCGGAAUCUCCGUAGACGGAGGCCAAGCCAAGCGGAUUAAGUUCAGUUACGCUGAGGAUGAAGACGAAAAACCCGCCCAGAAAGCCAAGAAGGAUCUCUUCGAGAACGACGAUGAAGAUGAGGAUAACGAAGAGAUUGUCCUGCCUCAGCACAAGGGCAAAAAGGGAGAGCGGCUUGUGGAAAUGCAAAGCAAACAAAGCCUAGAUCCCCGUUUCCGAAUUACCGCAAAUUUUGUUGAGGAACAGGAGGGGGAAGAAGAGGAGGAGCCGGAGGACGAGAAACCGCUGCAGGAGAGCGAACGCAACUGGCAGAUGGGCAUUUUGGAGCAAGUAGUGGGUCGCAAGUUGACCAGCGGGAACGAGAACGCAGCCCAUCCGGCCAAGAGCAAAAAGAUGCUUCGCUUCGACCCCGCCAAAGAGGAUCAUCAAAAGCUGAUGCGGAAAAAGCCAACCCAGGAUGCCACACAGGAAAAAGAGACGGACGACUUGGAAACAGAACGAACCACAAGCAAGGCUCCUCCUCCUGUGUCCAAGAACAAUUUCUACGUGGUCACCGAUACGCUGAAGGAAUCCCUCAACAUGCGCGGCGAUGGCUUCAGUCUGCUGGAAAUGUUUGGCACUGCGCCGGACGAGGAGGAGGCGAAGCGCCAGGACCAACUCGAGAAGCUGGGCACAGAAAAGAUCCUGGUCGGCAAGGCCUCCGCCAACAAGCUUGGCCUCUCUACGCUCAACCCUUUCAGUUACGAUUCCUCCGACAGCGAGGAUGCUGAGGAAGGCGUGUUGGAGGAGCCCUCGAAGGUUGGCAACGAAAACAAAGCCCCACCCGCAAAAGAGUCCAAGCAGAAAAAGCCCAAGAUAAAGAUGGAAUCGUUUUUCAUACCCAAGAACGAUCCACGACUCAAAGAGGGCGCCAAGUUCUUCAAGUCAGCCAAGGCCGAAGUGGACCAGGCGGACUACGACCAGGUUAGGAACCGCUUGAAGCUACUGAUCACUAACAAGAUUGCCAAGACCAGGAAGAACCUGCCCAGCAAGGAAAACAAGAAGCAAAGGAACAAACAAAAGGCGAAGCCCUGAAUCCCUUGUUCCCCCAGCACCCUGGCUCUCGACUGUACAUAGAAAAGGUGUCCCAUGUUUUCUAUUGGGUGUUGCACAUUUUUUAGAACCGAUUUGUACAUACAUACAUUCUAAAACUAAAAAAUCCCCCACAAAGGUGAAGCCCAAGCAAAACCCUCUUACUAGAACUCCUUCAAACCCAUCUGUGCGUUGUGCCUGUACGGAUGGAGUUAAAAUAGGCGUAAGCUCCAUAAAAUAAAUCAAUUUUUUAAUCGUA